AUGAAAAAAAAUAAAAUAAUAAUAUUUUUAUUUUUACUAAUAUUUAUUAUUCAAAGUAGUUUUAUAUCUACAGUUGAAUCAGGAUCAACGUUGGACUUAACAACAUGGUCAACAAAUGGUACUUUAUCAACAUGUAUAUAUUAUAACUUUGAAAAAAAUGAAUAUUACGAUUUAAAUCCGUUAUCAAAAGCCGAAGGAUACGAAAUCAAAACUUUCAAUCCCACCACCGGUGUAUGGGCAACCCAGUUUAAUUUUAAUUUUUGUAAAAGAUCGCCACAAUGUACAAUGGUUGCAAAUGAACUUGCUUGCUUACUAGAUGCAACAAAUGGUUUAAGCUACACAACUUAUACAGAUUUAAAUAAAGUUCACACAGCCACAUUCUUUGACAAUUACUUCAAAAUCAAAUAUGAAUCAAGUAUUUGUGGUUCCAAUGGAUUUGUGUAUCAAUUCGAGUGUGACCAAUUGAAUGAUUACUUAUAUGUAGCCACAAGUAAUAAAUGUACUCAUAUAAUCAAAUCAAAGCAUGCUUGUAAAAAGAAAGGUGUAUUAUUUAAUAAUGGUGCUUUAUACGAUUUAAGAGCUUUAGCAUCCACAAAUUUAUAUCAAAGUACUGAUUAUAGUAAAGAUGUUUUGUUUAAUUUAUUCGACAAUGCAGACAGAUGCACAUCAUUAAGCGGGGUUACUUCAAAUAAAUAUCAAGCUUGUCUCUUAACCGUUAAAGAUAAAACAAAAACUAUGGAUGAUAAUUUAAGAUACGAUUUGGAUAAAGGAGUUUUAAAUACUGGCUCAGUUACAGAAGCUAAAACUAUCACUUUUGACACAGUUAACCAAAUUAUUACUAUUAAAAUCUCAUCUCCUCAAUCUUAUUCAACUCAAUGCACUGCCUCUAAUAGCCGUUUCUAUACAUCAUUUAAUCUCUAUUGUGAUCCAUUCAAACAUUACUUUAUUGACCAAUUAGAAACUUCAAGUACUUCCAACUGUUAUAAUAAUAUCAAAAUUUAUACUAAAUAUGCUUGCCCAACUUCAUAUCUCUUUGAUAAAUCUCAGUUUUACGAUUUGUCACCAAUUCAAUUACCCCAAACAAGUUUCUAUAACAUUAAACAUGUUACAAAUUCAAAAACAUAUAAUAUUUUAUUUAAUAUUGGUAAUAAAGUUAAACAGUGUCACGAUUUAAUGGGUGUUAGCACAGGUAUUCAUUAUGCAUGUCAAUAUUCACAUUCAGCUGGGAAUACUAAUCAAAUUGCCUCAGCUUCUCAAGGUCAAAAGGUAACUCUUGAUUAUAAUAGAAUUACGCUUGAAUAUAAAUCAGCACCCGUCGCUGGUGAAUGUCUUAGAAAGUUAUCAAUAGUAUUACUUUGCAAUCAAAAUAUACAUUUUAGAAUUUUAUCUGCUGUGGAGUCUAGUGUUUUAUGUAUCUAUACAAUUACUGUUGAAACUAAAUAUGCUUGUUCAUCCAGUGUUUAUUAUGAUACCUCAAAAUCAAAUUAUUUCGAUUUAACUCAAUUAACAAAAGUAAACGAUAGAAGCGUUUCUAUGUCCGCAAAUGGAGUUUCAUAUACACUCCGUUAUGCUGUUAGUACAACAAACCUAUUUUGUCAAUCCUAUGGUUCAUCAGACCGUGAUUAUCAAGCAUGUCAACUUAUUGAUGGUGUUCUUUAUCAUGUUGGAAGUAUUAGUAAUCAAACAUCGAUUGCUUCUAGUAAUGGUAUUGUUGUUUCAUAUGUUUCUGCCCCAGAUGCUGGAAAACCUUGCCAAGGAAAAAUUCAAAGAGUUUUAAAUCUUGAUUUAAGAUGUGAUUCAUCUACUGAAUAUUCUCUACAAACUGCAGUUGAAACCACAGGUACCUGGGCAUGUUUAUACAAUUUACAAGCAAAUUCAAAAUAUGCAUGUCCAUUAACUUCAGCACCAAUAUUACCUGCAGUUAUUCCUCCAGUACCUUAUAUUUUAGGUGGUGGUCCAGCCUCAAAUAAUCCAAAUUUAGAAAAUCAUUUAAAUGGUAAAUUUUAUGAUACAUCAAGAAUCAAAUAUUAUGACCUUAGUGCUUUAAGAAGAUCCUCAACCGGAAUACCAUAUACAUAUACAAGUGGACAGGAUGUAUACUAUUACAAUUUAUUUGGUUCAACCUCUUCUUGUAAUAAUAUUGCAAAAAAUGAAUGGUAUCAAUCAUGUGUGUUUAAAUCAGGAACUGCUAAACUCCAAGGCCAUUUAUCAUCAUCAGAUUAUUCAUUCAUUGAAAAUGGUGUAACAAUUGCAUAUUAUUCAAAUGUUGUCGAAUCCGAAUGUAGUGUUAAUAAUGGUGUUAGAAAGUUUGAAAUUGAAUUUGCAUGCGAUGCAUCCCAAGAAUAUUCUUUAGUAACGGUUAAAAAUACUAAUGCUUGUUAUAUUAAACUCCAUAUUAAAACCAAAUAUGCAUGCCCAAUUAACUCAAUGUAUAUUUUGGAUGGUCUAAUUUAUAAUCUCAAACCAAUGGUAUUACCAUCUUCAAGUAAUCCAUUUUCAGCUUCAGUUUCUGUAUCUGGAAAUGAAUAUGACGUUUUCUUUAAUAUUUUUAACCCAUGUGACUAUUGUAAAGUUAGAGCUUCAACUUCAACUACCCUUUAUGCUGCCAUCGUUUCAAAAUCUGGUACUUCUGUUCAAGUUACUUCUAUUGCUAAUAAGCCAUCUAUUACCCCUGCAGUUUUUUCAGAUAGUUUAGAAAGAAUGGUUCUAGUAACUUUUGGUACUGUACUCCGUGUAGUACUUAUGUGUGACCCAAAAACUUCUUAUACUGUUUUAAAAAUGACAAAUCCAUCAUCAAAUGAUUAUAUUUUAUAUAUCUAUACAAAAUUUGCAUGUCCUUCAUAUAGAUUGUUUGAAGAAACAAAUGGUAACCAUAUUGACAUUUCCCCACUUCAAAACUCUGUUAAGGCAGAGCCUUUUUCAUUUAUUAAUCCUCAAAAUAACGAUAAGAUUUAUUAUACUAUUGGUAAUGGUGUUUUUGGGGGAUGUGGAAAAGGUUUCCAAACAUCACAAUCAUGUAUUGUUUCAAACACGGGUGCAAUAACACCUAUUGCCGAUAUUACAAAAAGUCAAAUUAUUACCAAAUUAUCAAAUGGUUUACAAAUUAGUUAUUAUGGUCUUGUAUCAAGUGCUUUUGAUCCUCCACCAAAUACAGAUGAUAUUUAUGGUUAUAAGAAUCCUUCUUUUACAAUUGAUUUACAAUGUGACUCAACUAUAGAUUAUGCUCUAGAAACUUCCAAGGUUUAUAAAAAUUAUGUAUCAGUUAAGGCCAAAUCGAAAUAUGCAUGUCCCAAAUUACUCUCAAAUGACUUCAUUUCCAAUCCUUAUGUAGACCCUUGCGUAUUAACAUGUGAAAAAAAAAAACUUACCGACCUCAAUGAUAUAGUUAACGUACUUCAAAGUCUUGGUAUUUGCCAAGUUGAAUUUAUGGUAUAUAAUAUUAGAGAUUUAUUAGAUAGAUGGGUUGGAAACAAUAUCGAAGGUGAUUACACAAGUGGACAAGUUUAUAAAAACCUUUUCACAUCUUUGCCACCUGCAAAUUAUAUUCUUUCAUAUUAUGCUGCAUUAAAUCCAUCAAAUGCUUGUGCAUACAGUCCAACUGGUAAGAACAAAGGUUCUAUUAGAUUAUCAGAUAUGUUUUAUGUUACCAGUGAUCUUAAACUAAUUACAUCAUCUCAAUCAAAUUUACUCAAAGGAACUGAUGAUCCAUUCACCAAUGUGUAUUAUAAACAAUUUGGUUCUCAAGCAUACGGUCUUGCAAUUAUUGAAUAUCAAGGUAAACUUUGUUAUUUUGAAGAAACCACAAGAGCCAUUGCUGAAUCUACCAAAUUUUUUGAAAAGUGUCCAUUUUAUUUCUUACCAAUAGUAACAGGUAUAACUUCCUCAAGCGGUUAUACAGGUGGAGACCUUAAAAUUCUUGGUUAUCGUUUUCUUUCAGACUCAUAUAGUAUAGUCUUUUCAAGCCAAAGUGGAAUUUCAUAUGGUACCAUAAUUAACAGAUCCGAUGAUGUUAUUAUUGUUAUUAUCCCAAGAGGUUUAGGUAGUGGUUUUGUUUAUCUCGAAACAUUUGGUGGUGCACAAACAAAAAAAUUCGAAUUCACAUUCUUAGAGAGAAAAUCAGAGAAAAUUAUUAUCAACGAAUUCCAAACAGCAGAAGUUAAUAGAUUCUAUUUUAUUGGUUCUGGUUUUGACUCAGUUAUUAAACCAUACAUCAUGGAGAAUAAUGAAUUAAUUCACUGCGAAUUUGAAAGUAGUUGUAAUAAAGUACCAACAUCAAUUAUCGAAGGAUUACCAGAAGGUCAAUAUGUAACCAAUCGUCCAUGUCUCAGUCAACAAGCAUAUGUAUCAAAUGAAAAUUAUUUCAAUUCAAAUAUAUACAAAAUCUUUGUUUGUAUUAAAAAAUCUUUGGGUGUUGGUAAAGGCACAAUCAAAUUUGAUGAAACUGGUGAUGUUAUCAGCUAUAGUUAUAGUAGACCAUACUUUUACCAAUUAAGCGAAUAUUUUAUGGGAACCGAUGGUGGAUAUAUGCACAUUAGUGGUUUUAAUUUCCCUCCAACUAAAGAAAUUAUUGAUAAAGGUUUAACACCACCAACAGUUUGGCCAGAGACUAAUGUUUACUUUAGUGGUAUUGAAAUUUCAAAUGUAGAAUGGACAAGUUCUAGUGAUUUCAAGGUUUUAAUACCACCAGGUAUUGGAAUGGGUUCAGUUACAUUUAGAGUAGGUGGCCAGUCUCCUGAGCAAGGUGGUUAUUCUGUAAUGUACGGUUUGCCAUCAGUAACAACAAGAAGUCUUGGUUCGACAGAUGGUGGUGAAUUAUUUUUCAUUGGUAAUAACUUAGUUCCAUCAUCAUUAUCAAGUCAAGUCAAUCAAAUACCACCAGAUAACUCAAAUAAUUUUAAAUUUAACGAAGUUAUUUCAAAAUCAAUAACAUGGUAUAACUCUACCCAUGCUAAAGCCAUGGUCCCAAAAGGUAUUGGUACAAUCCCAGUUUCGGCUACAGUUGGUGGAUUCAGAUCAGAUUUUGCUUAUCCAGGAGGCCAAUAUUUCCAAUUUUUCUCAUAUGAUAGUCCAUAUAUUACACCAACACCAUAUAUUUCAUAUGAAAAUGAUUUUAUUACCAUCAAUGGCCAAAAUUUCGUCCCAGCUGGAAUUGAUCCAGAAACUAAUAGUAAUGUUGGUAUGUAUUUCGGACCUAGUACUGUUAAAAUUGGCGAUAAUUUAUGUAAAGAAACCAUUUGGGUAGAUUCAAAGACUAUUAAAUGUAAAGUUCCAGCAGGUUCAGGUAUUGGGUUAUCAAUUGAAGUCUAUAUUGGUGGUUUAAAAUCAGCUUUAAAUAAUUAUUUUUCAUAUUACGAUCAAUGUGAUCAUGUUUGUGAUCAAUUAACCAAAGACGAAUUAGAAGACAUUAAGAAAAAUGGUAAAACUGAUUUAAAGAGUUCUUUAAUUUUAAUGGGAAGUUGUUUAAACCAAUUCAAUAGUUACUCAUCAUUCGAAGCCAUUGAGUCAUUUAUUUUAAAUAGAUGGGUUAAAGAUCCAACACCAAAAAACCAUAUUUCAGGUCAAUUAUAUAAAUAUUUAAAUGGUGAUUCAUCAAAACAAACCAUUCAACUAUUAGGCAAAUACUUUAAUACACAAUCUUUAAAUAUUUUAGAUGAUGUCAAUACAUGCACAUAUAAUACAAAUAGAAGAACCUUUUCCUUGUAUGAUAUUAUCAAUGUUAGUGCUGAUAUCUUCAAAUUGGUAGUUGCUUCUCCAGUAAUUGAGGGAAACAUUAUUAAAUAUUCCAAAGGUUAUUCAACUUAUUAUUUUUCAUCUCCAAAAUCAACAGAAACCAAUAUAGGUUUAUCAAUUGUUUUCAUUAAUAAUAGAAUCUGUAGUUUUAUCGAAUCAUCAUAUCAAGACUUUAAGAAUGGUAAAAUUUUAACAUCAUGUCCAGUAGGUCCAAUCGUAGAUCAAGUCACCAACCCAACUACAACCACAGCUAAUGGUCAAUAUUCAAUCACAGUCCAAGGUAGAUUAUUUGAUCAAACAACAUUAAUUAAAGUCAAAUCUACUCAAUGUGAUGUUAACUACAAUGGUAUUGUAACUGAUCCAACUACCAAUAUCCAAACAUUAACAUGCUCAUUACCAUUAAGCACAACACCAGAUUUCUCAUUGGCUCCAAUUACAAUUUAUAAUCAAUAUACCAAGGAUUAUUACGAGAAUCAAUACUCAUUUAAAAAAGAAUUUUUCUUUAAUUACCCAGUUGCCAAAGUUAAUCAAAUUAUCUAUCCAAAUAAUAACGAUUUAUCGGUCGAGAUUGACUCAACUAUUCAAAUCAUUGGUGAAAAUUUCUUUACAUUCGGUAUUCAGCUAACUAGUGGUAUUCAAGUUACAAAUGGUGAAAUAGAUUUAACUCACACAAUCUUUGACCAAAAAAGCAUUAAUGGAGUUGAUUCUUUUUCAAUUAAAGCCAGCAGUUAUGGUAAAAUAAAUAUUAUAAAAGUUUAUUAUUUAAAUAAUUUAAUCAUGAAAUUUGGUGAAGAUGUAGAUAAUGACUUUUCAAUUUCAGAACCAGUUAUAACCAGUCUAUCUAAAUCAAGUGGUUUUUAUAAUGAUGUUGUUACUAUCUAUGGUAAUAACUUUUAUAAUGGAAAAACUAAAGUCUAUUUUUCAGAAGAAGAGUGCCAAACAGUUGAAUGGGUUUCAAAUAAAGAAAUAAUUGUCACCGUACCACAUGGUUAUCUCUAUGCAAUCGUUAGGGUUAAAGUUGGUGGUUCAACAAACGAUGAAGAGUUUAAAUUUAACUAUGGAGUCCCAACUAUUGAUAAAGUGAUAUAUCAUCCACAGAUCAAUACAAGUGUUACAGAUUAUUUAGAUAAUUUUGUAAUUGUCGGUAGAAAUUUAGGUUCUUAUAUAAAUGAACAACCAGAUAUCUAUAUUUUAGAUAGUGUAAUUACUUGUGAUUCAUAUUUCUGUAGCGAAGAUGAAUUUGACACAGAAGAUGAAGAAAACCAAUCAAAUAUUUGUUCCCAUUUAAAAAAAAUAGGAUAUCAACACUAUAAUGAACUUAUCGAUAUUUUCUAUUGCUCAUUUGACUCUUUUAUUGGCAAAAAUCUUACAAUUGAUAUCGAGAUUAUUGAUGGCACUCAAGUUUCAAAUAAAACAUAUUUAUACUCUUACUUUGAGCCAUAUAUCGAAAGUGUGUCAUUAAAUCAAUCAGACACUGAUGGUGGUUUAAAUAUUACAAUUGAUGGUUAUAACUUCCCACCAUUUGAAACUUUAAGCCCUUACUAUGAUAAUUCAGAUAUUACCUGGUUAGAAGAAUCAAAUGUUACAAUUGGCUCUAAUUAUACAUGCGCAGUUAUCGAGUUUUUCAAUUCAACUCAACUUAAUUGUACAAUCCCACCAGGAAUUGGUGCAAAUCAUACAAUUGUCGUCUUUGUUGGUCAACAAAACUCAUCUCUAGUUAGCCAGGAAUAUUUAUUCUCAUAUAAUCCACCAGCACUUAAUAUUUCAUCUGAUAAAGAAAGUGAAGAUAAAGUUUAUUAUAGAGCCCCAACCAACGGUACAGUUCAAUUUAUAAUUAAUGGUACAAAUUUCAUUCCAAAGGAUUUAUCAAGCUAUUAUAAUGAAAAUGAAAAUAUAACAUUAAAUUAUAUUAAAAUUGGAGAAAACUAUUGCAAUGAAACCAAAUGGAUCAACUCUACUUCAAUCGAAUGCAAACCACAACCAGGUAUUGGUGAGAAUUUACUAGUUCAAGUUAUGGUUGGUGGUCAAAUAACAAAUGAAACAGUUUAUUUCUCUUAUGAUAAACCAGUUUUGAAUAAUGUAAAUUACACAGCCCCAACAAAUGGUACCAAGGAAAUUACAAUUUCUGGAGAAAACUUUAUUCCAAUUGAAUUUAUUGAACAAAAUAAUGGUAAUAUUAAUGAAGCUGAAAACUUUAUUAAAAUUGGCGAUACUAAAUGUGAUGAAACCAAAUGGAUCAACUCUACCCAUGUUUCAUGUAAACCAUCACCAGGUGUUGGUAAAGAUUAUCUUGUUACAAUUACAGUUGGAAAUCAAAAAUCAAACGAAACUAUUUAUUUCUCUUAUGAUAAACCAAUUUUAGAUCAGAAUAGUUAUAACGGUUCAACAAAUGGUACCACCACAAUCGAAAUUUCAGGUCAAAACUUUGUACCAAAAGAAUUGGCAGAGCAAUACAACAGUAAUCAAAAUGAAAAGAAUAACAUUAAAGUUGAUGGUUUCGAUUGUUUAAUCAUUGAAUGGAUCAACUCAACAGCAGUUAAAUGUAGAGUUCCAUCAGGUCAAGGUAAAGAAUUAGAAAUUAAAAUUUUGGUAGAAAAUCAAGAAACUGAACCAAAUAAACAUUUCUCAUAUUAUCCACCAACAAUCGAAUCUGUUAAUCCAAAUAGAUAUAGAUCCAAUAGUGACGAUACUGUCAAAAUAACAAUUAAGGGUUAUGAUUUCGGUAAAGAUAAUCAAGUCGUUAAAAUUGGUGACAAUGAUUGCACACAGGUCGAAUUUAACAAUAAAGAUUUAACAUGCAAUUUGCCAAAAUCAAAUAAAGUUGGAAAAGAAAUUGUAAAAGUAAUGGUUGCUGGCCAAGAUUCAAACACCGAUAUUUCCUUUGAAUAUUAUGGUAAACCAUUCAUUGAUAGUAUCUCAAAACCAUCUUUUACAACAUUUGAUGGUGGAGAUGAAAUCACAAUCAAAGGUGGUAACUUUAUCGAAAAAGGUGAAAACGAAGAUGAUCUCUCAGUAUUAUUCAAUGGUGAAAGUGCAACAACUGUAGGUAAAGCUACAAAUGAAACAAUUGUUAUUUUAUCAAAGAAGGGUUAUAAAUCAAAUACUCCAAUUAAAGUAAAAUUAAAUGGACAAGAAAGUAAUGAAGAUACAUCGUUCUCAUACUCUGAUCCAUCAAUAUCAUCAGUUUCACCAUCAAGUGGUAAAUACAAUCUUAAAACUCCAAUUUCAAUUAAUGGUAAAAAUCUAGGUUUAGAAGGCGAGGAAUCUGAAUUAUCAAUUAGUAUUGGUUCUUCAAGUUGUGAUAGUGUUCGUAUUGUAUCAAGUCAACUCGUAACAUGCACUGUACCUUCAGUUUCAAGAGAAGAAUCUGGUACAAAAGAAUUAACCCUUAGAUUCAAUUCUAAGGAUACCGAGUCUCAAUAUACCUAUGAAGAUGAAGAUUCAAGUGAUAGCAGUGAUAGUAGUAAUAGUAGCAAAGGUAGUGGUGAUGAUGAUGGUGGUGAUGAUGAUGGUGGUGAUGAUGGCGGUGAUGGAACCUCUACUACUUCAGGUGGCUCAGGUGGCCCAGGUGGCCCGGGUGACGCAGCUGCAGCUGCAGCAGCAGCAGCUGCUGCUGCUGCUGCAAGUAGUACUGCAGGUGGUUCUGCAGGUGGUACUGCGGGUGGCAGUACUGCAGGUGGUUCUACUACAGGUGGUAGUACUGCAGGUGGUUCUACUGCAGGUGGUUCUACUACAAGUGGUACAGGUGUCUCAGGUGGCACAGGUGGAACAACAACAACAAGUGUUUCAACCAGCAUAUCAACAGGUAUAAUUUCAGGUAGCUCUUCAGACUCGAAAGAAUCUUCAGACGCAUCAGAGGACUCUUCAAGAGGUUCAUCAGAUAGCAGAUCAUCAUCAGCUAGUGAUUCAUCAGAUAGUAGCUCUUCAUCAACUGGCAGCUCAUCAUCAGAUAGUAGUUCUUCAUCAACUAGCAGUUCAUCAGAUAGUAAUUCAUCAGCUAACAGUUCAUCAGAUAGCAGUUCAUCAGAUAGCAGCUCUUCAUCAACUAGCAGUUCAUCAGCUAACAGUUCUUCAGAUAGCAGUUCUUCAGACAGCAGUUCCUCAUCAACUAGCAGUUCUUCAGAUAGCAGUUCUUCAUCAACUAGCAGUUCAUCAGCAAGCGGUUCAUCAACAAGCAGUUCAUCAGACAGCAGCUCCUCAUCAGCUAGUGGUUCAUCAGAUAGCAGCUCAUCAACAAGCAGUUCAUCAGCUAGUGGUUCAUCAGACAGUAGCUCCUCAUCAACAAGCAGUUCAUCGGAUAGUAGUUCAUCAGAUAGUAGUUCAUCAGCAAGCGGUUCAUCAGAUAGUAGUUCAUCAACAAGCAGUUCAUCAGAUAGUAGUUCAUCAACAAGCAGUUCAUCAGCUAGUGGUUCAACAGAUAGUAGCUCUUCAUCAACAAGCAGUUCAUCAGAUAGCAGUUCAUCCUCAUCAACAAGCAGUUCAUCAGAUAGUAGUUCAUCAGCAAGCGGUUCAUCAGAUAGUAGUUCAUCAACAAGCAGUUCAUCAGCUAGUGGUUCAACAGAUAGCAGCUCUUCAUCAACAAGCAGUUCAUCAGAUAGCAGUUCAACAGAUAGUAGCUCAUCAACAAGCAGUUCAUCAGAUAGCAGCUCUUCAUUAGACAGCAGCUCCUCAUCAACAAGCAGUUCAUCAGCUAGUAGUUCAUCAACAAGCAGUUCAUCAGAUAGUAGUUCAUCAGAUAGUAGUUCAUCAACAAGCAGUUCAUCAGCUAGUGGUUCAUCAGAUAGUAGUUCAUCAGAUAGCAGUUCUUCAUCAACAAGCAGUUCAUCAUCUAGUGGUUCAUCAGAUAGCAGCUCUUCUACUAGCAGUUCAUCAACCAGCAGCUCAUCUGCAGGUAGCGAAAGUUCAUCAACUAGCGAAUCAAAUGAUAAUAUAAAAUGCAUUUAUAACCCAAUCGAUACAAUUUUGUCUUUUAGCAAUCCAAAUAAUGAAGCCAUAACAUGUAUUGAUAGUACCGGUUUAUCAAAUAUAUUUACAAGUGGUUUUAGUUGCACAAAUACAUCUUCAACAACAAUAGAAUGCUCCAAUAAUGACGGUAUAUUUACUUUCACAGAUUCUAUUAGAUGUUAUCUAGACAACCAAGAACUUAGUGGAUGUUCACUUGGAACUUUAGAAGGUAUUACUGAAAUUUUAGAUUUAACAGAUCAAAAAUUAGAAUGCAACUAUAACAAAGAAACAAAUACCUUAACUGCUAAAAACAAUGAACAUCAAUUCAUUUUCUGCUCCAAUGGCGAUGAUUACAAUCACAAAUUUGAAUUCAAUCAAAAUGUUAUUUGUAAUAAAAGAUAUGACCCAGAAACAUCACUCGAAUCAAUUGGUUGUUCAAUGGAGCAAAACCCAGAAUAUGUUAUGUUCUUUGAUAGAUCGGUAAGAUGCUACAUUGACGAUAAGACAUCAUGUUUCAUGAGCAUCUCUUCAAGCAGCUCAUCAUCAACUAGCUCCUCAUCGGAUAGUAGUUCAUCAACUAGCUCCUCAACUAGCUCCUCAUCAACUAGCUCCUCAUCAACUAGUUCAUCAAGCAGCUCAUCAAACAAUGAUUCAUCAUCCUCAAAACAAAAUACUCAAUGCACUUAUAAUCCAUUCCAAUCAACUUUAAUAUUUGAUAACCCAAAUAGCCAAGAAAUUACUUGUGUUGAUAAUAAUGGUUUAAGAAACACAUUUUACGAAAGCUUUAGUUGUUUAAACACCUCAUCAUCAACCAUUGAAUGCUCUAAUAGUUUUAACUCAGACAUUAUAACCUUUGGUGAAUCUAUCCAAUGUUAUUUAGAUGAUUCAGAGAUGAUUGGAUGUUCUCUUGAAAUAUUAGAGGGUCCAAUUGAAUCAUUUGAUUUAACAAAUCAAACAUUAAAAUGCCAUCAAGAAAAUAACAAACUAAAUAUUGAAAACACUGGUGAAAGCUUUAUUUUCUGUUUAAAAGGUAAUGACCACAAUUACAAAAUGGAAUUUUAUAAAGAAAUAGAAUGUUCAAAAUCAAUUGACCCAUAUACAUCACUUGAAGCCAUUGGUUGUUCGAUGAAACGUAAUCCAAACUACAUUAUGUACUUUGAUACAUCAGUAAAAUGUUUCAUUGAUAAUAAAUCAUCCUGUUUUAUGGAAAUUAACACAUAA